UGCUAACUGAAUAUGCUUUCGAUGUUUUCACCACUCAUUCAAAUGUUUUGUUUUCUUAACUAUGAUGACAGUCCACACCAUUAGCUAACCAUGUCUUCACUGCCACACCAUUGGCCCCACCGAUCGGUUCAAUUCAAUUGAAGAGAGACUUUAAAAAAAGUUGUGAACAAAUCUGUGGCGAGAUAUGCAGAGUCCGGGGCCUCCCUAUCAGGGGCCAUCGGUGGUCAGCACUGAUCUCUACGCCAAUCGUAACUAUGAGAACCACGUCCUCUCUUCGCACGGAGUGUCCGCCAGUUAUCUAACAUAUCACUCGUCGGACGGAUCGCACGAAUCGCCCAAUUAUUGCGAACAAAGCCAUUACAGCGCCGGUAGUGCAGCCCCUCCUCACGAGACACAGCCUUCCCCUCAUCACAACUACAACUCCGCCGCCAAUUCGGGCCACACUUAUGGCCAACCCGUGAAUCAGUUCAAUGAUAUGUACACCUCUUGCAGUCCAUAUGCAGCUAUACCGCCAGCAAUACGACCGCCCAUUCCGUCAUCUACUCUGAAGUAUUGGAAUUCAGACCAAAUGUCACACAAUUCGCACAAUUAUACCACUAAUCAGGGAAUACCUCCGCCGCCGCUCGUGUCCCGUACGGCGCCGGCGCUCCGAUCGCCCACCGAUAGGACCGCCCACUGCACGACAGGCAACGCGUACACCGCGGGACCGCCCGUUCAGCACCGGUCGGCCUCGCAGUCGCCUCAAGACUGGUCGCGAUCGCCGGGUGCGAUGCGCUCUCCGAGUACCACACCAUCGCCUCUGCCCUCGCACUCCGCACACAACAACAGGUCUCCGAGUCAUCAGUUCUCGCCAUCGCACUCGUCGCCAUCGGUGGCCACCGACUCCUCAUCGCAGCCCACACUUCACGCCAAGACUGACGCCGCGUUCAGUAAUCACAACCACACCGCUAGUCAAGCGAAUGCUUCCAAUCCCUUGCAGUCGCUGCAGAAGAUGGUGAUGAUUGACUCAGAGGGCCAAGACGUGCGCCACUCGUACGACAAUAUGGCCGCCACUCCUCUGCAGAGCAACGGAUCCGUUCACAAGCAUUAUAACAGCGAUCAGACGCUGAGCGCCGACCCCGACAGCCCAUACCCUACUUAUUACAACUUGGAUCAGAACAGACUCUGUACGCCUCCCCGUCCCAGUCCUGCCGCAAACGCCAACCUAUCCUAUGAUAACAUUCCAAACGCCACCCCAAGUGGUGGACAGUUGUGUGGAAGUGAUAAAGAGCUUAACAAAUGUGACAAAAAUGACAAUAAGUGUAAUAACGGUGCCGUUGAGAGCAACAGUAAUAAUGAUCUCAUUUUCGUCGGCGGAAGCGAUUCCAAAGAGACGGUCCAACAGAUGAGCGCCAAAGCCAACGAUGCGCCCAAUUCUGGCGGUUUAGUGAACGGCGAGAAAGUGGAGCUCAAGAAAGAGAUCACUUUGGCUAAGAAUGAGUGCUCAGUGAUGGACGAACAGCCGGCGCUCUGUAAGCGCACCUCAUCUCAGGAAUCGCUGCAAUCGUCGGACUCAGAGAAGGCUCACUCGACGUACGGCGAGAAUCGAGCCCUUCAUAACCACAACUGGCAAAUGGAAAGCCAUUACUACAACAACAACCACUCGGAUAAGCCAUGGACUCAAUGGCCGCCGACCUCAGGACCACAUUCUGUGCCACCGAAUAGUGAUUAUAUGCCGGGCGGCGGUCGACACGUUCUUCCCAAUCCAAACACAGUUCCUGAUUACUCGGCCUAUCAGUCACCGAUGGACAGCAAGCAGUGCGGGUCGGGAUCGUGGAGUGCGUCCGCUUCGACGUCGCAGAGCUCUUCAUCGCAACGUAACUUUGCGUCGCCGAAGCACAUGAACGCCGGCGGCGGACAGAACUCAGGCCACAAGAAGCGCGGCCGACCUUUCGGUAGCAAAAAUCGUAGGAAUAGUGACGACACGAAUAGUGAGACAAACGCUUCCGAUUCGGCGAACUCGACGAAGAAGAAGAAGAAAGCGGUUUCGACCGAAAUCGGUAUCAAUACGAGCGUCACUCUCGACGCCCACGGCUUCGACGAGUUGGCGGUCGUUAACCCAUUGAAGCAGACGUCGAAACGCAAGAAAACUGUCGGCCCUUUCAUUCGACUGGAAAAAGGGAAGGGAAAGGGGUCUACCGUUUACUCCAUUGUGAACACUGCCGCCAAACCCGAGGACGAAAAGGACACUAAAAACAAAUCUUUUGCGAAUAAAUUAGAACCGAUUAAACCGUUGCGAAGGCCGUCACUGUUGGUGAGCUCCAAGAAAGUGAUGUCCACUUUCUCGCCUCAGUAUGACUACAACAACAGAGACAAGACGUGGGUCUGCGCUCUCUGUCAUAGAGGCCCUCACUAUAAAGGUUUGGGUGAUCUGUACGGACCUUAUUAUAUAUCAAGCGAUGACAAGAGUAAGCCUCAAACGACGACCAGUGCUCCGGCGGUCGCCUCCACAUCUCAACCUCAGGCAAAGGGUUCGCGUUCUGAUUCUGUCGAUGAAGUGAUUGAUUUAGUGGUGGCUAACGAUCCGCUGCCACCUAUAGAGGAGCCCAAGAAGAGAGGCCGCAGAAGGAAGUCCGAGACAACUGAAGAGACCACGAGUUCCUCGUCCUCCAGAGGUCGGCCCAAGAAUACGUCCAAAACAGUGAGUUCCUCGCAAAACAAUGAGACAGAGGUUUGGGUCCACGAGGACUGUAUCGUCUGGUCGAGUGGUGUCUAUUUGAUCGGACAUAGGGUCAGACAUCUCGAAGAAGUGAUUAGUGAAUCGAGUGAAAGCUUUUGUACGAAAUGUAAGCUCUCGGGUGCGACGUUAGGAUGUCUACAGAAAAGUUGUAAUACCUCUCAAUUUCAUUACUUGUGCGCUAAAGAGAAAGGCUGUGAAUUAGAUGACGAAAACUUUUCACUCUUAUGCCCCAAACAUAAGAAAAAAGGAAAAACCAAUUCAGACGAACCAUCCGCUGCUUUGACUUAAGAUUUUUUACAACCCUUAUUAUUAUAACAAAUAAUUUGUAAUAAAUUAAUGU